AUGCUGCAAUCACGCGUGUGCUCACACGUGGCGGGUCGACUGAGGUGCUCGCAGGCGUGGAAUACCGCGAGCACUCGACGUAUCAUGAACCCUGCCUCGAUGGGCCCGAUGAAAGUCAUCAUGAAUAAGGCGAGGGAAGAGCAGAAGAUGCUCGGACCGGAGGAGAAGCACUUCUUCUGCGGCGGCGACCGGAGCGUCGCGAUGGCGGCGGAGAUGCUGCGGCAGGGCAAGGUGAUCGCGGUGCCGACGGACACGGUGUACGGCCUGGCCUGCCUGGCCGACAAUUCGCGCGCCGUCCAGCGGCUGUACGAGAUCAAGCGGCGGGACGGGGGGAAGCCGCUGGCGAUCUGCCUGGGCAACGUCAACGAGGUGGGCGCGUGGGGCGUCCUGGACGACAUACCGACCCGUAUGCUGGAGGACCUGCUGCCCGGGCCGUACACGAUAUGCCUGCGGCGCACGCCCGCCCUGAACCGCGCCCUCAACCCGGGCCACGACACCGUCGGCGUCCGCGUGCCCAACGACAAGUUCAUCCGCAGCGUCGCCCAGCUCGCCGGCCCGCUCGCGCUCACCAGCGCCAACGUCAGCAGCGAGCCGAGCAGCCUGCACCCGGACGAGUUUCGCGCGCUGUGGCCGGAGCUCGACGGCGUUUUUUACAGCUCCACGAAGAAGCGGAAGGACGACCACCGGGUCGGCUCCACGGUGGUCGACGUGUCGACUCCGGGCUGCUUCACGGUCGUACGUCGCGGCGUCGGCGCUAGUUUUAUCGUUGGGAUAUUAAUGAAGCACGGUCUGAAAGCAAACGCGCGCGAAAACGCACGUGAUUGAACUCGUGUUAGUUAUAUUUAUGAAUUAUAUUUAAUUUAAUAAGAUGGUGGUUUGUACAGUUUCGAAGAUGUAAAUAUAAGAGAUCAAAGAUAUUUCGUUAUUUCUUUGCGUUUUACAUAACACAUGAAUGCGAUAAAGAAAAUGAGAAUGAAUUAAAUCAAGGCGAAUUAAAACGGAAGUACGACGAUGUGAAGAAGUCGUGUAGUUAAACAAAAAAAAAGUAAAUAUCUGUAAAAGUAUGACUAGAACUAAAACAUGACGUAGAUUUAGAUACAUAAAGCAUAAAGUAUCUUAAUAGACUCGGGGGAGGGAGGGACGGUUUUUUGAAUGAAAGAUAUUUUUCAAAAUUUUAUAUUAUAAUUUCCUACUUAUAAAACAGUCUCAGUUAGCUUUUCUUUCAUCAUCUCAUCGCGAGUGUCUAAAAAAAUCGUGCGAUUUAUUAUAAUGUAUACACGCUUUAUACAAUUAGAAUAUGUAUAAGUCUCUUAAAAAUCUCAUUUUAUUGCGAUUCAUUCAGUCUAAGAACAUUUCCGUAUUACGCAUGAGAUGUCGUUAA